UUCCACACCGAGCUGAGUAACUGACCUUGGCACCUUCUUGUGCUGCAACUAUGACUACUUCCUUCAUGCGCACCUCUUCUUCUACCUACGGUGGUGGCUUUGGGGGUGGUGGAAGCAGCAGCUCUCGCCUCUCUUCAAUCCGCACAGGAGGAGCCUGCCGAGCUCCAAGCAUCCAUGGAGGCUCUGGUGGCAGGGGUGUCUCCAUCUCUUCAGCCAGGUUUGGCUCCUCUGUAGGAGGUGGGUAUGGUGGUGGCUUGUGUUCUGGAUUUGGUAGCGGUUAUGGAGGAGGCUACGGUGGCUUUGGUGGUGGUGCAGCCUGUGGCAUUGGUGGAGGAGCUGGCUUUGGUGGAGGAGCUGGCUUUGGUGGUGGUGCUGCCUGUGGCUUCGGUGGAGGCUCUGGUUUUGGUGGAGGUUUUGAAGUUGGUGGUGGCUUUGGUGGCGGCGAUGGCCUCCUCUCUGGAAAUGAAAAGAUAACUAUGCAGAAUCUGAACGACCGUCUGGCUUCGUACCUGGACAAGGUGCGAGCCCUGGAAGAGGCAAAUUCCGAUUUAGAAGUUAAAAUCCGAGACUGGUAUCAGAAACAAGCUCCCACCAGCCCAGCCCGGGACUACAGUAAUUACUACAAGAUAAUUGAAGAUCUCCGAGACAAGAUCCUCGCAGCGACUAUUGACAACUCCCGAGUCAUCCUGGAGAUCGACAACGCCCGCCUGGCUGCUGAUGACUUCAGGAUGAAGUAUGAGAACGAGUUGUUCCUGCGCCAGAGCGUGGAGUCUGACAUCAACGGCCUGCGCCGGGUCCUGGACGAGCUGACCCUGGCCAGAGCCGACCUGGAGAUGCAGAUCGAGAACCUGAAGGAGGAGCUGGCUUAUCUGAAGAAGAACCACGAGGAGGAAAUGAAGGAGUAUUCCAGCCAGCUCAGUGGAACAGUCAACGUGGAAAUGGAUGCAGCUCCUGGCAUUGACCUGACCAGAAUCCUCUCCGAGAUGAGGGAGCAGUACGAAGCUCUGGCUGAGAAGAACAGGAAGGAUGCUGAGGCCUGGUUCUUCACUCAGACUGACGAGCUGAACCGCGAAGUUGCCAGCCACACACAAGAGAUACAGACCAGCAAAUCGGAGAUCACAGAACUGAGACGCACCGUCCAGGGGCUGGAGAUCGAGCUCCAGUCGCAGCUCAGCAUGAAAGCAGGACUGGAAGCCAACCUGCGGGACACGGAAGGCCGGUACUGCGCGCAGCUGUCCCAGAUUCAGGUCCUCAUCACCAGCGUUGAGGAGCAACUGAGUGAGCUCCGAUGCGACAUGGAGCGUCAGAACCAGGAGUACAAAAUGCUCAUGGACAUCAAGAGUCGCCUGGAGCAGGAAAUCGCCACGUACCGGCAGCUGCUGGAGGGCCAGGACUCUCAGAUGCCAGUAGUGAAACCUAAAGACGCAACUUCAGGUGUUGGAAGACCGCGCCCGGGUGCGGAAGAUGAUGGAAGAGCUCCUCCUGGUCGUGACAGGAGAUACCAGUAGAGAAAUACCAAAUCCCCUCUUGCACAUGGCACGGUAGAAAACCAGCGCAGCCUCCCCGUUGGCUAAUGCCAGAAGAAAUACCCUUUUACUUUCACCACAUCACAAGAAUGUAAUCCAAGAAUGUGCAACCGCCUGAUGUCUUUCCUCAAACUUGCUCUCCCUUUUUACAUGGUCAUUGGUCAGAGAUGACGAGCUUGGUUUCUGUCAGUAGCUGUUAUAGUUCCCUUAUGAAAGAACCUACAUAAUAAAGUUUCUGUUCUGCUUGUGCAAAUA